AUGAAAAGCAGCUCCUACCGUGGAAAUAAGAUGCAGGGGAGUUUAAGAGAAAUAUGGGUUGGAGGAUGGAGAUAUUGAAAAUCACUGGUUUGAAAUAAUAAAGACAUUUGAAGAGAAUGGCAACUGAAAAUGAAAAAUGACUGAGGUGUACAGAUAUUUAUCAGAUUGUGAAGUUCGAUACAAACUACCUAUAUAUUUGCAGGGUGCUAG